CACAGAACAUCACAGUGGUUUCAAAGAAACGGCCCGAUGAACAUCAACCACUACGCCAAUAAGAAGAGCGCCGCGGAGAGCAUGUUGGACAUCGCCCUGCUGAUGGCCAACGCGUCCCAGCUGAAAGCCGUGAUGGAACAAGGACCUUCUUUUUCCUUCUACGUCCCGCUUAUCGUUCUUAUCAGCGUGUCGCUCACGCUGCAAGUUAUGGUGGGAGUGCUCCUGAUAUUCCUUGUAAAAUACGACCUUAACAAUCCUGCAAAACAUGGAAAGCUGGAUUUCCUCAACAACCUUACCACCGGACUAGUAUUCAUUAUAGUAGUUGUGAACAUCUUUAUCACGGCCUUCGGAGUGCAGAAGCCAGUCACUGAGUCGGCAUCGAGGCAGUAA